AUGGAAUUCCAAACCCAUCAACCGAUGAUUGGAUUGGAGUAUUUUCUCCUGCCAAUUUCAGUGCUUCCAUUUGCCCCCCUGAAACUCCAAGAGCUUAUCCGCCGCUAUUGUGUACUGCACCAAUUAAGGUUUGAACUGUUCUGCUUUGCCAUGAACGUUUGGUACGGCUGCUGUCUGCUUUUUGUUCAAAGGAAUUCUACAAUUAAUUAUCUCAUUUCUCUUGCAGUUUCAUUUCAGUAUGCGAAUUAUACCAAUCCUAAGGACAAAGAUUCAGCAAAAGGAUUGUUGAAGCUCCAAUUGAUCAACCAGAGAUCGGACUUUUCUUUUGCUCUAUUUUCUGGUGGAUUAUUAAAUCCAAAGCUAGUAGCGGUGUCAAAUCCAAUUGCUUUUGCAAAUCCAAAUGCACCAGUUUACCCACGCUUAGCACAAGGGAAAAUUUGGAACGAACAUAUGAUGAAGUUAAGGAGAAUCUGUGCCAUGGAAGCUCCUACUUGUGCGCCCUAUGAUGAUAUUUAUUUGUAUGCAAGAUUGUCUCUGGCAAUGACUGUAACAUGGACGAGUGGAUAUGGAAUCAAUGAAGCAGAACCUUUUGUUGAAUGGAGUCCACAAGGAGGAAGACAGAGGCUUUCCCCGGCUGGGACACUGACUUUUGACCGGAAUAGCAUGUGUGGUGCACCAGCGAGGACUGUUGGUUGGCGCGAUCCUGGAUUUAUUCAUACCUGUUUUUUGAAGGAGUUGUGGCCUAACUCAAUGUAUACCUACAAACUAGGCCACAGGUUGUUCAAUGGUACAUAUAUUUGGAGUCAGAUAUACAAAUUUAGGGCAUCUCCUUAUCCUGGUCAAAACUCUGUACAACGGGUAGUUAUUUUUGGCGAUAUGGGAAAGGUUUGCACUCUUCUGCUAGAUAUCAAGCAAACCACUAUUUCUCCAACCNACUCUGUACAACGGGUAGUUAUUUUUGGCGAUAUGGGAAAGGAUGAGGCUGAUGGAUCCAAUGAAUAUAAUAAUUUCCAGCCUGGCUCCCUUAACACUACCAGACAACUUAUUCAAGACUUGAAGANUCUGUUUCUCCACAGACAACUUAUUCAAGACUUGAAGAACAUUGAUAUAGUCUUUCACAUAGGAGAUAUAUGUUAUGCCAAUGGAUAUGUUUCACAGUGGGACCAAUUUACUUCUCAGAUUGAACCGAUUGCCUCAACUGUACCUUAUAUGAUUGCAAGUGGUAACCAUGAGCGUGAUUGGCCCGGAACAGGAUCGUUCUAUGGGAACAUGGAUUCAGGAGGAGAAUGUGGUGUGUUGGCUGAGACUAUGUUUUACGUCCCUACAGAGAAUAGAGCAAAGUUCUGGUACUCUACUGACUAUGGCAUGUUCCGCUUCUGCAUAGCUGAUACAGAACAAGAUUGGAGACAGGGAACAGAGCAAUAUAAGUUCAUUGAGCACUGCCUGGCAUCUGUCGAUAGACAGAAGCAACCAUGGCUGAUCUUCCUUGCACACAGGGUAUUGGGUUAUUCCUCUGAUGCUUCCUAUGCUAUGGAAGGAUCAUUUGCAGAACCAAUGGGGAGGGAGAGCCUUCAAAAACUAUGGCAGAAGUACAAGGUUGAUAUAGCCAUGUUCGGACAUGUACACAAUUAUGAAAGGACAUGCCCAAUUUACCAGAACAUUUGCACAAAUGAAGAGAAGCAAUAUUAUAAGGGUUCGUUGAAUGGGACAAUACAUGUGGCUGCUGGGGGUGCGGGGGCAAGCCUUUCACCAUUUUCUUCCAUGCAACCCAAUUGGAGUAUAUUCAGGGAUUAUGACCAUGGAUUCACAAAGCUAACUGCAUUUGAUCAUUCAAACCUGUUGUUUGAGUACAAGAAAAGCAGUGAUGGGAAAGUUUACGAUUCCUUCAGAAUAUCCCGGGAUUAUAGAGACAUCUUGGCCUGCACUGUGGAUAGCUGCCCAAGUAUGACUCUGGCAUCUUGA